ACAUAUUAAAUAGAAAAAAAGAAAAGAAGAAGAAGAAGAAGAAGAAGAAGAAAAAGAUUUAGAUGCGAUUAGAGGGGCGGGGAGCGGACAUAGCUUGGAGUUGAGAUAGGUCGGGUUUGUGUUCCCCCCGGGAAUCCGAACCAUUUUCUGGAUGGGGAGCCAAGAAGACGGUAGUGAUAAUCCUCCCAAAGAUCAAACCUGGGGGACGUGGGACGAGCUCCUCCUGGCCUGCGCCGUGAAGCGCCAUGGCUUCCACGCCUGGGACUCCGUUUCCAUGGAAGUCCAGUCCCGCAGCUCCCUCCCCCUCCCCCUCACCACCGCCGACAACUGCCGCCUCCGCUACCUCCACCUCAAGCGCCGCUUCUCCCCCGACUCCGACGACGCCCCCCCCGACAAAGUCGUCCAUAUCCCCUGGCUCGAAGAGCUCCGGAAGCUUCGCGUCGCCGAACUCCAGCAGGAGGUCCAACGCUACGACGUUUCCAUCCUGUCCUUGCAGUUGAAAGUGAAGAAAUUGGAAGAAGAGAGGGAAGAGAGCUUGAGAGAGAAGCGUCCGAAACCAGAUCUGGCCGAGGACUCCAAGGGCGAUAGAUCGGUUCAAGACAAGAGGGACGCCGAUGCAGGGCCCGAGUCCUCCGCCGCCGAUAGACCCGCCGCCAAAUCGGCCGCCGCCGCCGGGGAGGAGUCGGACCGCGAGAACCGGUCCGUCAACGAAUCCAACUCCACUGGAGUGAAGAGCGAGCGCGACAAGACCGGCGAUGAGGUCGAGGAGGAGGAGGAGGAGGAAGAAGAGGGAGGAGGGAGAAAGAGAGAGGGGAAAGCGAACCGGUCCAGGGGGAACCGGGUCGGAGAAGACGGAUCGGGCAUCGGAGGGGACGAAACCGGAGGUGGUCGACUCGUACAACGGGAGCUCGGAGCCGAACCGGGAGAGGAGGGGGAGGAGGACGGGGGAGGGGGGGGAGGGGGAGGGGGAGGACGGGGGCGGCCGGAGUCGGGGGCGCAGUCGAAGGAGAACAGCAGCGACGUGCAGAGCUCGGCCAGCUUGACCCAGAAGAAGAACCGCAGGAAGAGGAAGGGGCGGCGGCUGGUGGAGAUCUCCGGGGGAGGAGCAGCAGGGGACGGACGAGGCGUCCCCGCCGUUGAUUUGGCUGGGAAGAAGAAAUCGCAGCCGUUGAUGGAUGUGCUCAAGAUGAUCCGGGCUCACAAAGACGCCUCCGUGUUCGAGCGACGGCUUCCCCUUCAGGAGAGCGAGAAAUACAGAGGGAUAGUGAGGCAGCACAUGGACCUGGAGGCGAUCGAGUCGAGGGUGGAGAGAGGCUACUACUCCUCCUCACUACCCUUCUACCGAGACCUCCUCCUCCUCUUCAGCAACGCCCUCGUCUUCUACCCAAAGUCCUCCGUCGAGUCCCUCGCCGCCCUCGACCUCCAACGCCUCGUGUCCUCCCACUUCAGGAAAGCCCCUGGCCCCGCCUCUGCCACCGCACCCGCCUCCCAUUCCCUUUCCCACUCGCAGAGAUCUUCCUCCACUCCUGAUGCCCCCGAGCGGUCGGAUUCCUUACUUGCCAAGCACAAGUCCUCCGCUCCCAUCAUCGUCUGCCGCAAGCGCAGCUCCAUGUCUGCUCAGCAGCCCUCCUCCACCAACAACGAUAAGAAGCCCGCCCUGGACUCCAAGCCCGCCCACGAGCAGGGGUUGAUCAAGAUGAACGCCGCCACCAAAGAGAGGUCCGUGACGGGGACAAGGAGCUUGAGGAGGAGCGGCAGCAAGAUCAUCACCAACAGUUCCCCUCCUCCCAACCCAAGCAAGAAGCAAACCCCCACCUCGACCUCCCUAGAGAAGGCCGAGAAUUCCAACUCCAAAGCCGAAGGCUUGGUCACGGCCUCCAUCAAAAAGAGAAGUGCCGCCGAUUUCUUGAAGAGGAUAAAGCGGAAUUCUCCCGCAGGAGGGAAGUCCAAGAACUCUGGGAGCGAAUCUUCCAAUAACAACAACAACAACACUAGUAACAACAAGAAGGCAAGCGGCAAGAAUAAUAAGAGUAAGAAGAGUGAGAGAGGUGGGGAGGAGGAGAAGGAAGAGGGCAGCCCGUCCAAGCCAAGGACCGUCGGGAGGCCUCCAAAAAAGGGAGGAACCCCUGAGUAUUCCAAUGUGAAGCGCGGCAGAGAAGUUGGAGGCAAGGAGUCCGCAUCCGCAUCCGCAUCCGCAUCCACAUCCACACUGAAGCGGCCAAGAAAGCGAGGUAGGAGGUAGAUAGAACAAGCAAGCACAUCUGCUCUUUUCUUUUUCCAGGUGGGAGGGCGAUUGAAUGUGAUUUUGUAUAAUGAUGGGCAGGGAUUUGGUUCUCUUUUCUUCUCUUUUUUGUCGGGCAGUUUGUGGCUUUUGUGUCUUAUUUAUUGUUAACUGCUGUUGUUGACUCUCGACAGUUGACCCCCUUGAUCCGUGUACCGUAACAUACAACUUCAGGACAUGGCAUUUCGCUUUUGCUCC